GUCAUAGUAGCAUCUCACUCAUUGCUUUCUUUUGCUUUGAGCUCAGAGAGACGGUAAUGGCAGACAAUAUAGAGGUUGUGGCCUCUGAUCCAUUACUACUGCAGGAGAGGAGGAAGAGCAUUAGCCUGAUGUUCUUAAGGUUCAUUGGUGUUGUUCUCUUGGCUGUAGCAGCUUGUUAUCUCUUCAUCAGCAACUUCAAUUCACAGUCACCGGAGACCGAAAAAAACUCUUUAACACUAGACAAACAAGAACUAGUGAAUAUCAGGCCUUUUCUGAAGGAAUUGGAAGUUCAAGAAGAGCAAUAUUUCAAGAAAGAAGUAUGUGAUCUUUCUAUUGGGAAGUGGAUUCCAAAAGCUGAAGGACCACCGUACACAUAUAAAACCUGUCAUCACGUUGCAAGUUAUACAAAUUGUUUGAAAAAUGGAAGGCCUGACACAGGUUUUCUUCACUGGAAAUGGCAACCAAGUGGCUGUGACUUACCUCCUUUUGAUCCACUCAAAUUUCUGAACUCAAUGCGCAAUAAAUCAUGGGCAUUUAUCGGCGACGCAAUCUUCUCCAACCACGUGGAUUCUUUGCUCUGCCUAAUCUCUCCGGUAGCAACACCUGAUGAAAUAUAUUAUGAUGGAGACAAGACCAGGACGUGGUACUACCCCGAGUACAACCUCACAAUCUAUGAGAUCUGGUCUCCAUUUCUACUCGCUUCCCGGACUGAACAUGAUCUGCCCUAUCAAAUUCAUCUUGACAUGCUGGAUGGCAAGUGGACAGAGAUGUAUAACAAGUACGAUUACAUUGUUUUUUCUGGCAGCCAGUGGUUAUACAAAAGAAUAAUCAUGUAUGAGAACAAUGAAGUUGUCGGCUGCCAUUUCUGUCCCGACUUGGACUUCAACAAGAUAGAUGAUUAUGUGGCAUACAGGAGGGCACUUCAGUUGACUUUCAAGUUUAUUACUACAUCUGAGCACAAACCCUUUGUUAUCUUUAGGACGUGGGCACCAAACCACUGGGAGGAUGGAGGGUCUCCUAGUGAAAGAAUUUGCAACAGGACUAAGCCAUUUAAAGAAGGGGAAUUCAAUGGUAAGAGUUCAGACCUUAGAAUGAGGAGAGUUGAGGUUGAGGAGUUUGCGAAGGCUGCUUCCAUUGGAGCAAGGAAUGAGGUGAGAAUCAAGCUGCUUGAUAUUUACCAUCUUUCACUGUUGAGACCCGAUGGCCAUCCAGGCCCUUAUGGCGGUCACCAAUCAGUUGAGAAUGACUGUAUCCACUGGUGCUUGCCUGGUCCUAUUGACACUUGGAAUGAACUGCUCAUGAAGGUGAUCAAUGGGGAUGCUCAUGAGUUUGUGCCUGAUUUCCUUUAGAUUUUAAGUAGAACUUGUCUUUUAUUUUCUCGUGUCUGAAUAAUUGGCAGAUAUAUAUACUCAUGUUACUAUAUUUUGGGUUUCAGUCUUGAUGUAUUAUGUAUCUCUUCUUCUUC